AUGGUCUACGCGACUGCCCUCAGCCUAAACUCUCUCCCUCCUUGUGCCCCCCGCUGUCCUCUCCUUACGUGCCCCCCCUUCACCUCCUUUCCAGCAACCAGGCGGUUGCCUCGCCCUAUACCCUCGACUUUACCGAUCCUCUCCCUCUUCCCCUUCCUCUCAACAGUGCCUUGUCCUGCCUCAAGGCUCCCUCCCGGCGCCUGUACUAGCCGCUUCCACCCGCUGCCCGGCUCGCUUGUGGCUGCAUUCACUCCGUCCCCUCCUACGCACCCCCUCACCUCACUGAAUCCCCCUGCCCUGCCCUCUCGCUACCUUGCUUGCCCCCCACUCUUCCCGCCCCCCACACUCCUUCCCCCAGGACAAAUCCUCGGGGCCCGUCCGGCUCCCGAUGCCUUCCGCAAGGACCCCGGCUUCCUCUUUAUCGGGCUCGACACCGACAUCGAACCCUGGACUUGCGUCCUCUGCAACUUCACUUGCGGCCCUGCCCUCGAGUCUGCCAUGGCGCACAUGGACUCCGAGGCUCACACCUCCAACCUGCACGCAGCUGCCAAGGGCCCGGCUGCAAAGGAAAAGUACAGCAUCUGGAGGGCCCUUACCUUCCUGGCUACCCCCCAGAUCGCCUCAUUCCUCUCCCAGUGA